GAAGAGGUGCGCCGUAUAGUUUCGUUCUAUUAGCAUUUGGCAGUGGUCACUGUGGUCAGUACCUACUAACGAGAUAGUGAGUUCAAGAAGGCGAGGGGACUGAUAUUGUGCAAAAAUCCAGCAAUAUAUACACACAUGAGCAACACUUUCGUUACAAAACACCGUUGUUUUUUUCUUUUGUUUUGUUUUUCUACACGAGAAGCUGGGAAUAACAGUGUGUGUGUUUUUCGAUCUCUUGUCUGUAAAUGGCCUAAUGACUUAUGACAGUUGUUGGCUGUGGUCGUGGUCUUUGUUGUUGUUUUUGGAGCUCCAGGGUGUAUCAACAACUACAACAGCAAGAUGGCCGUGGCAGCAGCGAAUUUCGCUUGUCUACUGAUGCUUAUUUUACAUGUUCUCGUGGAUUAUUGUAACGCUGGCCCCGACGAAUUCGAUGACUUGGCCAAAAAUUAUAUUCAAUAUGGCCUGGACAGUGAGAAAAUUUGUCAUCCUUUAAGAACAAAGGCAGAUGGUGUGACGGAAUUGAGGAAAGUCAAGAAUUCUGCACUCAUAGUGAAACCUUCACAUGUGUUUGAUAGCUGGCAGAUGAAGUACAAUAAGCACUGCAAGUUUAAAAUUAAGGGACCAAAGGGAGACAAUCUUUUCGCUGUUGUGCAAAGGAUGUCGCUGAGACGCAAUGGGACAGGUUGUUUGGAUUAUGUUACCUUUCAAUCAGAGGAAAAUAACUCUGAGCCAACAAAGUAUUGUGGUAAAGUAGUAAUACACAAUGGUGUAAAGUCCUAUAUAUCUGGAUUGGAUGAUCGUGAACAGAAAAAUUCGGUCGAAGAAUUCAGUAAAAGUGGAAAAAUUACAACUGAAAUAUUUGUAUCAAAGCAGCCGUUGAAAACUGGAGAGUCCCUUGAUAUUGUGAUAACAUAUACUCCUUAUCAGGAUUGCAGUAAAGUAGAAAAUAAAACAGCUGUUUGGUCGGACCCUGAAAACCCACAUAUUUGUAUUAACAAAAAGUUCUUUUGUGAUGGCUACACGAAUUGUGCUAGCCUUUUAUGCAACGAUGAGUCUAAUUGCACCACUAUAGAAAGAAAGAUAGUAAGCAGUGAGAUUGGAACAAAAGUGACUAUUAGUGCUGUGACAACGAUGUUAUUGUGCUUUGUUAUAUUUGUGAUGUGCUUUUGGAUUUGCAAGAAAAACGCGAUAUUUUGCUGGUCGCAAGAUUGUGCAGGACCAUCUGCCACCAGUAGACACGCGUCUAGUAUCGGAAUGGAACAAGGAGAACGGGGUGCUACAAGUCCACCUUAUGUACCUACAGCACCAAUGCUGGAAGUGGCCGUUUCAACUUCUGCCAAUGAUAAGGAUCUUCCACCUAGUUAUGACUCACUGUUUCCACCCCAUACCAAUGCUGCUGAUGCAUAAACUGAUUUUAUUAACUUGAUCUGUGACUGUGUUUAAAUCUUUUGCACUGAGUUAUCUAAUGUUUUAAUUAGAUAAUAAUUUAUUUCUAAUUAAUAUCCAUAUGAAAUAACUUAUCAACUUCAUGAGAAGUAUACUUAAUUUAAUGUACAUUGACAUUGAAAAUUUUAACCAUACAACAAAAGUGACAAAGUAUGUCUCAGGAAUUUUAAAAAUUCAAUUGUUGAAAUUGUCAUUAAUCACAUACUUUAACUUUAGUUAAAUCACUACUUUUUUUUUAUAAGUGUUACAUUUUAUUUUCAAGUUUUAUUAUCAUACGUUUGUUAAAAUUUUAUUUUAUCGGUUUAAACAAGAUUUGCUUAUUACUUACUAAGCAAUGUGAAAGUCAGUCUUCCAAAAAUGAAAGCCAAAAUUUUUUAUCUACUUCUUAUAUUACAUAAGAAAUAGCCUAAUUAAUAGUAUAUACUGAAAAUAAUUGAAUAGUACAGACAAUUAUUCUU